GAAUUAAAUGACUUUAUUACGGGGGUACUAUACGUUAUAGCAUGGUCAUCAUGUGACUCAUGCUAAGAAACAAAACUCUAUUAAGAUUUUUUUUGUUGCCCAACCAAUGGAUGAUUAUGACUCUAUAAGAAUCUAUUGAGAACACUGAAGAGUCCAUGUAUUGAAGUUCCUUUCUUUUCCUUUUAAACUCCGAGUGAGGGGGAGAGAAUAGUGAGGAGCUGAAAUGAGCAGCAGGAUUGGUUGCUCCAAGGAAGUGAUGAACAGAGUAGCCUGGAGUCCGCUUGAGGACCAGAUUCUGAUAGAUUACAUCAAAAUCCAUGGCGAAGGCAAAUGGGCAAACAUCAACAAGAAAACUGCGUUAAAAAGAAGUGGAAAGAGUUGCAGGCUAAGGUGGUUGAACUACUUGAGACCUGAUAUCAAGAGGGGUAACAUUUCUCUAGAAGAGGAGGAUCUCAUCAUCAGGCUCCACAAGCUCUUGGGCAACAGAUGGUCUUUAAUAGCGGGGAGACUUCCGGGCCGAACAGAUAAUGAAAUCAAGAACUAUUGGAACACAAUUUUGUCCAAGAAGGCGAGAGGUGAACAUCCAAAGCAACCUAAAGACGCCAAGAUGAUCAAGAAAAAUGACAUUAAAUCUUCAUCACCAGCUGAAACCAGUGGAGCAAUCAAGACGAACACACUCAAUUUAUCUAAGAUUCCAGACACACAGCAACCGUUAAAAGUAGCAGCUGAUGCCUUUCUACAUCCUCAAUCAGUGCACGAUAAUGCCAAAGUUGAAGAACAAAAGAGUGAUGAAAUUCAGCAUGCACAAAACCUGGUGAAAGAGUUUAAUGUUGGGGAGCUUUUGCUAUCUGAUGAUACAUCGGAUUCAGAGUUUUGGAAGUUGUGUGACCAGUUUGAGAAUGGCACGGAGGAAGCUAGCCAUGCAUUAGGUUUGGGGCAGUAUCCACUGUUUUCGGAGGAAAUGCUUACGACGGAUUGGAUAUGAUCAGAUGAAAGUUCAUGCUAACAUGGAGGCUUAAUGUACACAUGAUUCUUCCGUCUUGGUGCGUGCAAUGUUGAUUGAGAAUAAUCGAUUUGAGGUUUAUUUUUUCUUGACCUAGUGAGUCUGUGUAUUAGUAGUAGAUUUUUUUUUUAUGUGUUAGUUAUAUGUAUUAAUUAAUUAUUGGUGGUGGUUAUUACCGCAUAAAAAAUGUUAUCUAAC